AUGCCUAUCCUGUCCUCCAUUCUUCUUUUGGGCUCUGCCAUAGUCGGCUCCUACGCAGCCCCAGCUGAGGACCUUCCUCUGGCCAAAAAGUCUGUCGCUGAGCGAUCCGUCCCGCCAGGCGGUGGUGAUAACAAUGGUUAUUACUAUUCCUACUGGACCGCAGGCCAGGGUACCAUUGACUACGAGAACUACGAUGUCGGUGGAUACUCUAUCGAUUGGUCCGAUGUUGCAGACUUCACUGCUGGAAAGGGAUGGAUGCCCGGUAGCGACAGAACUAUCAACUACUCGGGCAGCUUCACCCCAACUGCCGGAAAUGCUCUUCUGAGUGUCUAUGGCUGGACGGUCAAUCCCCUGAUCGAAUACUACAUCACCGACUCCUACGCUACCGACCCUAGCACAGAUGCAAGUGCUGGGUUCACUUACAUGGGCUCGGUUGACUCUGAUGGCGGCACCUACAAUAUCUACACUGCGCCUCGUGAGAAUGCAGGUUCCAUCAUUGGCACUGCGAACUUCACUCAAUACUAG